GAAAAUAAAUAAAUAAAGGAAAAUAAAGGGCCACGUCGCCCACCUCCCCCAAAUCAACGGCGAGCUGAGAGCGAGGGCGAGAAAUCCCCAAAUCAAUCCCCAAAUCGAUCUUCCAAUCCAAGAAGCCAUGGCGUACGCGGUCCCUCCCGGCGACGACGACGAUCUGAUGAACGUCCUCAGGCUCCCGCUCAGGCAACUCCCUGCCUGGGUGAACAAGGACGACCUCUACCGCGACGUUCCCCACGUCGUCGCCGGCGACUCCUUCCAGGCCACGGACGGCGCUGGAAGGCCGGCGUACUACGUCCUCACGCCGCUCCGCGCCAUGGGAAGCCGGACGAGGCGCACGGUCGGCGGCGGGUUGUGGAAGGUGGAGAAGACCAUCACCCUCCUACCUACCGCCGACGAGGCCAAGUCUUCCACUUCCAAGCCGGCGCCACAAGGAAGCUGCACCAAGCUCUCGUUCAUCUCCCGGCCACCCGGCGGGCCGGAGGGGAGGAACGGCUGGCUAAUGAAGCAGUAUCUGCUCCCCCACUCGCCAGGUGCCCCCGCAGGCCCCGCCCUCUGCAAAUUGUAUUUCAAGAAGUCGGCGGUGGCGGCUACGGCGGCGUCGACUACGGCGGCGGCGGCGGCGGGGAAGGCGACCGCGGCUGCUCGUCCCAGCCGCCUGCCCGCAUCCGCCUCUUCCCCGAAGGGCUUCUUGAAGAAGCCGGCGGCGGAGGCGCCAUCUACGGCGGUGCCGCCGGCGACGAAGGCGGCAACAUCCCAGGACGCGGGCGCUCGUCCCCUGCGCCUGCGCGUGCCGACCUCCACCACUUACGCCAGCCGGCUGCGCCUGCCGGCCUCCAUCCCUUACUCCAAGAUCUUGAAGAAGCCGCCCGCCGAGGCGCCAUCUACGGCGGCGAAGGCUCCAUCUCGCGCCAGCAGCUUCCGCCGGCCUGCCUCCACCCCCUGCCCGAUGAAGAAGCCCGCGGCGGAGGCGCCACCUGCAGCGGAGCAGGCGCCGGCAAAGGCGGCCGAGGCGCCAUCUACGGCGGCGAAGGCUCCAUCUCACGCCAGCAGCUUCCGCCCGCCUGCCUCCAUCCCCUGCCUGAAGAAGCCCGCGGCCGAGGCGCCAUCUACGGCGGCGAAGGCUCCAUCUCACGCCAGCAGCUUCCGCCCGCCUGCCUUCAUCCCCUGCCUGAAGAAGCCCGCGGCGGAGGCGCCACCUGCAGCGGCGCCGGCGCCGGCAAAGGCGGCCGCGGCCCCUUGCGCCAGCCAGGACUCCACGCCUCCACUGCGCCGCCAGCUCUCCCCCGGCACCACACCCGGCAGGAGGUGGGUGCUGGUGGAAACCGAGGCGACCAGCCCCCCUCCCCAGCCAAACCAUGAUCGCAUCCUCAAGCGAAUCUACAAGCUCGCAGAGCUGGAGGUAGUCGAUGUCGAGGAAGGCGAACUUUUGGAGCAGGGGCACUAUCUUAGAAAAAAAGGAAAAUUCUCUUGCGACAAGUCCUCGUUUAUGCUCCUUAAGGACGACUAUUGUAGCUUCAGGAGUAGGGAGCUUUCCUGAACUUGGUAGCACAGGAAGGAAAACUUGGUAGUACAGGAGGGAGCUUUCCUGAACCAUCCUCUCUUCUAAGUGUUUCAGUUUGUGUUGUCUGCGGCACAGACACUCAUUUCAAAGGCAGGGCUGCGUCAACGAUGCGCGUCAAUAAUUAGGCUGAUGGAAAUAGCAAACUUUGGGCGCGGUCUCCUCGAUCCUGUAGCAUCUUCGCUCUUUGGCCAUUACUUGUGCUCCUUUCGCUAGUUCCUUCAUUUUUCAUAUGCUAGUCUACAAUUUGUCAUUGUCACAGUGUUUGCAAUUUUUUUUCUGCAGGUCAUGCUCAACUUUUUCACCCUCUAAACCUGGUAAUAUUACCCUACCCUGAGAUCCUUGCCCUCAAGAUUCAUCAAUAGCUUCUGUAAUAAUCGUGUAGCAGUGUCCAGCUCAGUGCCAAGGCGAAGGGAAGCCCCAAUCACCAAGAUGGCGGAGAAGCUUCUGUAUUGUCGUCUUGGCAUCACAGAAGAGGGUGUUCCAAGGCCGUCUGCCAUCCAUUGCCAUCGAUGCAUUGCGCGCCCUCUUCCAACUUGACUGUGACCUCUCCACAGCCAUCGAAGAUGCUCCUGUUGCCCAUGGAGUGAUCUGGACCGCCAAAGACACACAGAUGGUUGUGGUUUCCGCUGUGGUCGAGUUCCCUGAUCGUAGCUUAGUCUUUUGUGAGAUGUGUGUUGAGAUGCUGCUUGCUGUACCAACCAGCAGUCUGCUUCUCGUGAUGUUCCCCUUGCUGUACCAACCAGCAGUUUGUUUACCCUGUUGGGCAACUGUAGGGGUUGUGAAAUGUAGGUAACGUCUCUAAAUGAUGACUAUGAUGUUUA